AGACCACCACAGACCCAGACAUCAUCCUCCUCCACGAGACCUGGUGCAGAGCCGGCUCUGUCCCUCACUGCCCCCCCAACUACAGAGACCUCCUCCUGCCAUCAGACUCCCUGCUGUUACAGAGGGAGGGACCCAGGAGACAUCUCAGCAUACAUCACCCCCCACAUCUGGCUCAAAAUCAAACAGGACAUCACUAACCCCCAACCAGACAUGUUCCUGGGUGCUGUCAACAAGAGCGGCAGAGACCUGCUGCAGCUCUGUCAGAGCCUGGGUCUGGACAUGGUCAACGGUCGGCUCCGAGGAGACUCCUCAGGUAGAACCACGUUCUGCUCCCCUCUCGGCAGCAGCACCGUGGACUACAAGAUGUCCAGCUAUAAGCGAGCUACCUUUGAGGAGGAUGAAGUGUUGGAGUCUCCAGCUGAGGCCUCGUUUCCUGACAGAGUGGAGGUUGGCUUCAGGAAGGGGGGCGUGGACCUGCUGGGCCGGCGGACCCAGCUGGAGGUCUUGCUGUGUGUGCUGCUGCUGGCGUCCCUGCUGGCUCUGCUGGUCUGCCUGCUGGUCCUGGUCCUGGGUCUGGGCCUCGGCUCCGACAGUGGGCGGGGCCUGUGCCUGACGGAGGCGUGCGUCACCGUGGCGAGCCAGAUGGUGGAGGCCAUGGACCGCAGCGCCGACCCCUGCAGCGACUUCUACCAGUUCGCCUGCGGAGGCUGGAUGAGGAAGAACCCGCUCCCCGACGGGCGCUCGCGCUGGUCCACGUUCAACAGCAUCUGGGCGAACCAGGCCCUGCUCAAGCACCUGCUGGAGAACGGGACGUUCAACGGCAGCAGCGAGGCCGAGAGGAAGACCCAGUCCUACUACCUGUCCUGUCUCAACACCCAGAGGAUCGAAGAGCUCGGAGCGCACCCCCUCACAGACCUGAUCGCCAAGAUCGGGGGCUGGAACUUGACGGGUCCCUGGGAGAAGGAGAACUUCAUGGAGGUCUUGAAGGUGGUUUCUGGACCGUACAGAGCUCAGCCUUUCUUCAGUGUCGGAGUCAGCGCCGAUCCCAAGAACUCCAACAGCAACGUGAUCCAGGUGGACCAAUCAGGGCUCUUCCUGCCGUCCAGAGACUAUUACCUCAACAAGACAGCCAAUGAGAAGGUCUUGGUGGCCUACCUGGACUACAUGGUGGAGUUGGGGACCCUGCUGGGGGGUGAGCGCAGCACCACGGUGGUCCUGAUGCAGCAGAUCCUGGACUUUGAGACGGCGCUAGCCAACAUCACCGUCCCCCAGGACCAGCGCCGGGACGAGGAGAAGAUCUACCACAAAGUCUCCGUCUCUGACCUGCAG